GGUUCUUUUCGCGCGAAAGUUUUCUCUGUUGUCUGGACCUGUUUGUGCGUCGGUGUGAAGGGGACUAUCGCUGCCCUGUUUUCGUAUAUUCUGCACAUUUUAAACCUGCUUUGACGAUUUUCCGAUAUGGACGUAGCCACAGCCACUGCAGAAACAGCCGCAGAGCUCGUGAAGGACGAAUUGGCAGAGAAAUGUCAGAAGUUAUUCCAGGCUUUCCUUGAAGAGUACCAGAGCGUGGACGGAGAGGCAAAGUACGUCCGUGAGGCGGAGGAGCUGAUUAGGCCCGAGAGGAACACGCUGCUGGUGAGCUUCACGGAUCUGGAGGGCUUCAACCAAGAGCUGGCCACCACCAUUCAGGAGGAGUACUACAGGGUGUAUCCCUUCUUAUGCCGUGCUGUUCGAAAUGUUGCUCGGGAUCAUGGAAAUGUCCCACUAAAUAAGGAGUUUUAUGUUGCCAUCCAGGACCUACCAACGAGACAUAAGAUCCGUGAACUGUCAUCUAUGCGUAUCGGCUCGUUGGUGAGAAUUAGUGGUCAGGUAGUCAGAACGCAUCCAGUGCACCCUGAACUGGUGAGUGGGACCUUCAUUUGCAUGGACUGCCAGGCUGUGAUCAAAGAUGUCCCACAGCAGUUUAAGUACUCCCCACCAACUAUCUGCAGAAACCCUGUCUGCAACAACCGCGCUCGAUUCCACCUCGACACGCACAAGUCCAAGUUUAUUGAUUUCCAGAAGGUUCGUAUUCAGGAGACCCAAGCAGAGCUGCCCCGUGGUUCAAUCCCGCGCUCACUGGAGAUAGUUUUGAGGGCGGAGGCUGUAGAGACUGCUCAGGCUGGAGACCGCUGUGACUUCACCGGAACCUUGAUUGUUGUGCCAGAUGUCUCACAGCUUGCCACUCAAGGGGUUCGUGCGGAGACGAGCACCCGAGUAGCUGGUGGACCACAGGGCUUUGAAGCAGAGGGUUUGAGGGGACUCAAGGCCCUGGGAGUGAGGGAGCUGUCCUAUAGACUGGCCUUUCUCGCCUGCAACGUGGCGCCCACAAACCCUCGCUUUGGAGGCAAAGAGCUGCGUGAAGAGGACCAGACAGCUGAAAGUAUCAAGAGUCAGAUGACAGAAAAAGAAUGGGAGAAGGUGUUUGAAAUGAGCCAAGACAAGAACCUCUACCACAACCUGUGCACCAGUCUUUUUCCCACUAUACAUGGUAAUGAUGAGGUUAAACGUGGUGUCCUGCUCAUGCUCUUUGGAGGUGUUCCUAAAACAACUAUGGAGGGCACUUCACUAAGAGGCGACAUCAACGUCUGCAUUGUUGGAGACCCAAGUACUGCAAAGAGCCAGUUCCUCAAGCAUGUGGAGGAGUUCAGCCCUAGAGCGGUGUACACUAGUGGUAAAGCCAGCAGUGCAGCUGGUCUGACUGCUGCUGUGGUCCGAGAUGAAGAGUCUCACGAGUUUGUGAUUGAGGCUGGAGCCCUCAUGCUUGCAGACAAUGGUGUAUGCUGCAUUGAUGAGUUUGACAAAAUGGACCUUAAGGAUCAGGUGGCCAUCCAUGAAGCCAUGGAACAGCAAACCAUCAGCAUCACUAAAGCUGGAGUCAAGGCCACUCUGAACGCUCGCACAUCUAUUUUGGCUGCUGCAAACCCUGUCAGUGGACGUUACGACCGCAGCAAGAGUCUGAAGCAGAAUGUCAAUCUGACAGCUCCCAUUAUGAGCCGCUUUGACCUGUUCUUCAUCCUGGUGGAUGACUGCAAUGAGGUGACUGACUAUGCCAUUGCUCGGCGCAUCGUGGACUUGCACUCUCGUGUAGAGGAGUCUGUGGAUAGACUGUACUCUCUGGAUGAAAUUCGCAGAUAUCUGCUGUUUGCCCGUCAGUUCAAACCAAAGAUCUCCAGUGAGUCUGAGGAGUUCAUUGUUGAGCAGUACAAACGUCUGCGCCAACGGGACUGCUCUGGGGGCAUGUCAAAGUCGGCCUGGAGGAUCACUGUGCGCCAGCUGGAGAGUAUGAUCCGCCUGUCUGAGUCUAUGGCUCGCAUGCACUGUUGUGAUGAGGUUCAGCCCAAGCACGUAAAAGAAGCUUUCCGUCUUCUGAACAAGUCCAUCAUUCGAGUUGAAACGCCUGAUAUAAAUCUGGAGCAGGAAGAACAGAUGGAGGAAGAGGAGCAGCAGCAGCAUGAAGAAGCAAACAUGCCAAAUGGUGUGGAUGGUGUCAACGGGGUGAACGGCAUCAAUGGCCAUGACGCAGUGAAUGGACACCUGAAUGGAGUCAAUGGACAUGUGAACGGCCACUCCGAGAGCCAGCUCAAACCCUCACUCCGCCUGUCCUUUGCCGAGUACAGACGCAUCUCCAACCUCCUAGUUCUGCAUCUGCGGAAAGCCGAAGAAGUUGAGGAGGAAGAGGAGCUAAAGAAGAGUGCUGUAGUGAACUGGUAUUUGAAGGAGAUUGAAGCAGAUAUCGAAUCUGAGGAGGAUCUGAUAAAUAAGAAGGCACUUGUAGAGAAAGUCAUCCACAGACUUGUUCACUAUGAUCACAUUCUUAUUGAGCUGUCACAAGCCGGAUUGAAGGGCUCAGAGUCUGCAAGCACAGAGGAAGAGGCAGUGUUGGUUGUAAACCCCAAUUACAUCCUUGAAGAUUAAACUGAACAUUGUC